AAGCGGCUCCUCUUGGGUUAAGCCCUGAGCUGAGUCGUUCAGGCGGGGGAGGGGGGGCGGUGCUGGCCCUGCCCCUCUCCCCCGGCCCAACACUCCGUCUGGCUGCCUCGGCUCCGUCACUGCCCGGCAGGGAUGGAGGUGUAGACGCGCCGCAGCAUGCUAACUGACAGCGAGGAGAGGCAGCGAUGAGGAAAACACCCGGAGCUGAGCAGAAAUGCGGCGCGGUGCAGGGAGCGGGCUGCUGAGAGCGUGUUCGCCCCGCGAUGAGACGCAGAGCUCCGGAGCUGGACGGGACAUGAGGGCAGCCUGGGUCCUGGCUGUGAGCGCCCUCAUCACGGCUCAUACUGCCGGGGGAUCACCGCUGCUCCCAGAGCCGGAGGUUUUUCUGGAGAAGUUCGGCUACCUGCACCAGGACAACCACCUCCACAACGCGGUGGAGGUGCGGUCAGCCAUCCGCGACUUCCAGUGGUUGUCCUGGCUUCCCGUCACGGGUGAACUUGACAGCGCCACCCUGAGGCAGAUGACAGAGCCGCGCUGUGGGAUGUCGGACGAGGGCAGCCAGCAUGUCUGGGCUAAUAGAGUGAAGGCCAUCUUUUCCGGAAGGAGGGCCGCAGUGGGGCGGCCUCAGAGCCGCAGGAAGCGCUAUGCCACACAAGUGGAGAGGUGGUACAAGCGUCACCUGACCUAUCAGAUCGUGAACUGGCCUCGCCAUCUGUCUCUGGGCUCCGUGCAGCUGGUGGUGCGUGCAGCGUUCCAGCUGUGGAGCAACGUGUCGGGCCUGGUCUUCCAGGAGGCCCCUGAGGGACCCGCGGACAUCCGCCUGGCGUUCUACGAGGGCGACCACAACGACGGGGCCAGCAACGCCUUCGAUGGUCCAGGGGGAACGCUGGCUCACGCCUUCCUGCCCCGCCGUGGUGAGGCUCACUUCGACAUGGCAGAGAGGUGGACGCUCAACGGCCACAAGGGACACAACCUGUUCAUGGUGACCGCCCACGAGAUCGGACACACCCUGGGGCUGGAGCACUCCCCGGUGCGACACGCUCUGAUGUCACCGUACUACAGGAAACUCGGACGCAACCUGGUGCCGAGCUGGGACGACAUCAUCGCGGUGCAGCAGCUGUACGGUAAGCCGUCAGGUGAGCGCCCGGUGAGGCUGCCGGGUCAGGUCCUGCACGCCGCCCUGCAGCAGUGGGAGAUCACCGAGCUUCACAACAGGCACAAGACCACAGAGCAGCCGCUCUACUGCCAGGGCGUCUUCGAUGCCAUCACCAUGGACCAGAAUGACACGGUGCUGGUGUUUCGGGCCGGCGUGUACUGGACGGUGUCGGCUGAAGGCAGCGUGAGCGACCCGCUGCCCCUCCGUCAGCGCUGGCCUGACCUCCCCCCCGCCAUCGAGGCUGCUGCCUUCUCCCCGCUGGACUCCAAGUGGUACUUUUUCAAAGGGAAGCGGAUGUGGCGCUACACAGGCAGCGGUCUGGACUCUGGCUUCCCAAAGAGGAGCAGCGAGCUGGGGCUGCCCCGCCACCCGGACUGUGCCUUCUUCUACGCCCCUCUGGGUCACAUGGUCCUCUUCAAGGGCUCCCGCUACUCGGUGCUCAACCUGCAGACCCUGCGCCAGGAACCCUACUACCCCCGCAGGCUGGCGGACUGGACCGGGGUGCCACAGGGGACCAACGGGGCGCUGACGCGUCCGGGCGGGCGCCUCUAUCUGUUCAGGGAGCAGCGCUUCUGGAGGUUCGACCCGCUGAAGGUGCGGGUCACCAGGGAGGGUCAGUGGGCUCAGGACCUGAGCUGGACCGGCUGCAGCAACACGCCUCAGAGCAAUAACAUUCUUUGACCAGCAGGUGGAGCUGUGAGCUUGAGAUAAUGUGCAAUUUGUUGAUUUGCUGUAAAAUACAGAAAGGUGGUACUGUUGUUUUUUGUGUCUAAAACCCACAUUGAGUUUCUAUGUUGUAAAGGUCUUUAUGAGUCUGGGUCAAAAAGACAUAUCUCAAAAGGGUUGGCGUCGAUUUGUAUAUUUUGAAGCACAAACAUUAUUUACACUGCCGAGAAUUAUUAUUACUGUAUAUGGAUGUGCAAUUGUAGCUUUUUGAUACAGUUUAACAAUAGCAGGACUGUGCAUGCAGAUCAACAACUGUUUGUAUGUGGGGACAUUACACAGACUUUUCUUCCUUUAAAUCCAUAUGUUUUCCUCCUGUAGUAUUUACACACUGACAGAGAAACUAACCUGUACUUAAACCAUCUCGUCCAGUGUCACUAACACAUGUAAGAAAUUGUAGAAAUAAUUCACUUAAGCCUGUGAUUGUGUGCACCCACUAGUUGCUCACUGACAAUAUGAGGAAUUCAUUGUAUAAAGUGUAGGCAAGUGUAGGAGAACACGCAGGUGAGUCAUGAAGUGUGAUGGCAGGUAGACGUAAAUAUGAUCACAAAGCUUACAACAGUUUCUAUCAUAGACUUAAGGAUGGACGACUUGUCUCCACCUCUUCAUGCUAUCCAGAAAUGAAGCCAAAAUAUCCCAGAUAUACGAAUGCACCAUCCUGUGGACGUAAUUUGAAGCCAGUCUGAGCAGUAGUGUUUGUGGUUGGAGCCACGUCAGAGAAGUCCUUCCUAUGUCAAUCAUGACUUUUCAAAUCAUUUUUCUUGAAUAACUAAUUAAACAUGGAACACUUAAACCACCUAGAAAUUAACAAACUUUCUGACUAAAAUCAUUUGAUAUGUACUUUGACUUUUAAGUUCGGUAAGUGUCCCGAAUAGGAAGGAUGUAUGACCUAUACUGCAGCCAGCCACCAGGUGGCGAUCCAGACAGUUUGGCUUCACUUUUGGGUGGUGUCGUCCAUCUGUAUAUUCAGUCUGGUUUCAACAGGGUGAUGCAUUUAAGAGAUGUGAAUUCUGUCCUAAACAUCCAGCAUUCAAUCUCCAACCUCACAAAGUGUGAUUUUUACACCACUGCACUAUAAAUGUAGAUCACCUACAAACUAACUCACUCUACCCACAGCCACUGAAUUCUGAAAUACCUGUUGCAUAAUUAUUGAUUUCUUAAACGUUUCCAUCACAUGCUAACAUCUGUUUCUUUAUAAUUUUAACAACAUGAAGCCAUUUUCUUUAAAUGUCUUUAAUUCUUGGUCCAAAACGAAUUUCUCCGCAUCACUGAACAUUUGAGACACUGAACAUUGUCACAGUUGAUUCUUCUUAACUCAGCAUUCUUCUGUUUUUCCAGUAAAACCCAUUAACUGUAAACAAAUUCAGAUGUUGGAGCUGCACUGCACAUCAACUGUCAUAUAUCAUAUUGACCAGUAGCAGCUCAUAUAUUCACUCAUAUGCAUUUGAUUCAGAUACUGGCCACAAUCCACAGAUUAAAUCAACAGGGACCGUUUUAACAUAAUGUGUGUAGACUAAACCAAAGUAGAGAGAAAUGAUUUAACUUCCCCCCUCGACCUAAUAGAAUGUUAUCUUUAAUUAGACUAGUCUCUAAACAGCAUUAAUCACUGCAAUGAUGCUUUGCACUGUGCAAAGUGUGUGUGUCUUCUGCUGCCAUCUGUUGUGUGUGUGUGUGAUCAGUCCAAUACUUGCAUCUUAAGUUUUCACUUAGGAUGAACUCUGCUGAUCCCUCAGUUUACUGCAGACUUACAGUAAUUAACAUUUAUCAGGCUUCAGGCUGAGCACACAUUUCAGAAACCUUACACAAUAAUGGUUAAUCAAAAUGUUGUUUUGUCUAGUCAUUUAAAAAUCCCUUUCAGCAGUGGGCGGAGGAAAAUAUCAUAAUCUGUUAAAAUUAAAUGCACGCCCCAACAAUAAUUUGGCCGGGUCCGACCCAUCAUGGCUACUUUACAACACAAAUACGAGAACAAUGAUCAUUUGAUGUGCAUUUAAACAAAUGCAAUGAAAAGCCACUGGGUUAAAUGUAAAAGGUAAAGUUGUGUUCUGUGACAGACUGACAGUGCUGCAGUGUGAAGAGUAAUCAGAUUAAAUCAGAUCUCUAAUCCUCAUCAACAAAGAGCUCCUACACAAUAAGGUCAUUAUCUGUUUUAAAGGUAAUCUAAAAAUAAAAGAUUGUCACAAAGAACUAAACUGGCAUUACAACCCUGACAGUAACACAUUCAAAACAUAACCUUCAUGUGUACUGUUCACCGGGCUACAUGUUAGAGAAAUAGCUGCACAGAUCGUUUCUAUGAUCUACAUAAAAGUUAUUUGGACAAUAAACAAUCUUCAACAAGGUAAAAUAUAAGGUAAUAGGAUAUUUACUUAUUAUAUAGUCUUAUUAGCUUCAUAGCGGUCAUCUUGUGCCACUCUUUGAACAGUAAGGUAGGAUGUGGACAGUGGCACUGUUACUGUACAUGUGGGCUAAGCCAAACCAUUUUAAGAGUUCAUACAUUAAGACACUGGAGUGGAAAGAUACUCGUGCAGCUGAACUUUGGUUUCCUGAACACGACAAGUCCUCCUGUCAAA